CGUGACAUGUGACAUGUGUGACAUACCACAGACACCGUUUACCCGUAUCCGAAAUCCGGUUACAACGUCGGGCAAGAUUGUCGAAAAACAAAUAAUGUCUGAGGCUAAACAUAAGUGGUAGUCACGUGUUUUGGAUUAUUGCGCCGUGAAACCAGUCAGGCAUUUAUUAAGCUUAUGAAUUUCACUAAAUAAACGAUCUUCAUUCGGAAAACUCACAAAAAAAUGGCACGCCGAGCAAGACCACAAAACAUGCACACUGAGCAAAAACGACGAGUGCCUUUAGGACACAUGUGGUGACAGAUGUCAGUAUUUAAAUGGCAAAAGCCAAAAGCAAACGUUUAUAAUACCGCGGGCUUGUUCUUGUUUUUAUAAAGUUUGGUUUGAGUUGUUGAUUUCGCUUAAAAUGGAAAGUUGUUUUACAUAGAAUUACUUGUUCACCAUCACUCCAUGUCUUCAACGGACUACAUUGUUGUCCUGCAUAAGUUGUACAUAUCUGGCACUUUUUAUUUCAGUUAUCAACAGAUGAGGUUGGAAUAAGUGCGGAAAGUACGGUGUAGACGAAGGCUGAUAUUUUCAAACAUUUCUAUCACACCAACUUGUGGAAAUUGAUUUUAAGAUAUUCUGACAAUAACAUGACUGGAAAAAAGACUACCCGAGCAGCAACAAUGGAGCUUGACCUGGAAGCUUACAGAAUAAAAAACCAGAAUCUGUCAGAACACUUGGCAAAAGCCCUGCAAGAAAAAGCUCAGGCUUAUCAGCAAAUAAAUUAUCUAAAUAAGCAAUAUUGGAGAUUGCACAGGAAGUAUGUCUCCAUAAAGAAGAUCAUCCAACUUCACAUGAGGGAUAGUGUUGCCUUGCUAACAAACUUCCAAGACAAUUAUUCUAAUUUUUUUAUGUUGGAAAAUGACAGUACCACAGAGUCCAGUGCAAGAAGCAAUUUGUCUCAAAAUGCAUCAACAAGCCUACAUAAUAGAAGUCAAUCUGCAAGACUGCAUAACAGCAGAAGUCAAAGAUCAGCGUCAACCACCAAUGAUGAAAGCUUGGCAGAAGGUAUCCCUAAAGUAACUACCGUGAGAAAACAAUAUGAUGAUAAAGAAAGCACGCCAAGGGCGUCAACAUCAGGACAUGGCAAUUCCCCGUCCCCCAAACGCAGUGAUGCCGAAUCUCCUAAGCGAAUGGCGGAAGUGCAAGUCAACAUCAGUAAGAGAAAAGGUUCACCGGAGGAAGAUAGGUCAUGGGAUGUCAAUGUGCGCUUGAGAGCUGGUAGCAACGGAAAUAUGAACGGGAUUUCAGAUUCCUCGGAUGUAGAAGAUAAUGAUGAAGAAGAUAAUGGUGAAGAAGAUGUUGAGGAGAAGCUGAAUACCAUUCAGGAAGAAGACGAAAGCAACUAUUGGUGUGAGUCUGUGAAACGAUUAAAGCUCAUGGUUACUGGAGGAGUAUCACCACCAACCGCAGAACUAGAUCCAGAUUCCUCGAUGGCCUGUCAACUUGACGAUACUGUUGUUGAUCGUACAAACACCACCCUGCAGAUGCAAGAAUCGGACUCGCCCGCGCAGCGACGUCGUCGGAUAGCUGACAAGUACAACCCCACAUCGAACGUUUCCGGGUCGACAACCGUUGACGACUUCAACGCUGGCUCUACAGUUGACGCAACAACGGACGACCUCGAACACUGUAACGAUCUGAGUAAGAGCAGUCGUUAUUUCAUGAUGAAAUCGUUGAACUUACAAGAUGAGGCCAGCGCUAAUAUCAUGGAAACUAAUGCGUCCUUUCAGACCUCCACACCGUUUGGCGAGAUAUCAUCCAGGUUAAGGACUAGAUCGAAAACCUCGAGUGCGACGACUGCUUCACCUUGCACCAUAUUGAAAAGAGCAUCGUCCCAAGUGACUACCUUAGAAAGUAGGGAUGUUACUAUGCAGCCAAAACGUAUUUUCACCAAUAAUGACGAAACCAAAAAUACAUCCGCCAUAACUAGCGAACAUAAUAUAGACGAGCAAAAAAUACCUGACAUGGUUCGAAGUAAGCAGAAGAUAAAUAAUAAGUUGAAAUCGCAAUCUAGCAACAAUGAAGUAGAAAACAUUUGUGACAGUAAUAUUUCAAAUAGGACUUCAUCAAACUCGAAAAGUAGUGGAACAAAGGUAAUUGUUUCUGGAAGAGAUGGAAAAGUUGAUAAAAACGGGUGUAAUGACAAAAAUCAAAGUGAAACCGACACGACAGAAACUUACUCUGAUGACCCACAAUCCGAAGAAAAAGAGAAUCGUUAUAAAAAAACUGCUAUAUCAUGUUCGAAAAGUCCAAAAAAUAGUUGUUCAGAGACUAAUGAAAAGAGAAGAGGUAGGCUAAGAAAAGCAAGGGCAAAAAGUGAAAGUGAGACCGAUUCUGCCACUUCGGAUGAAGAGUUCACUUUGAUAAACAAACAUAAGAAACUAGUAAUGGUAAACGAUAGGAAAAGGAUACAGCCGAAAAGAAAUAGCUCCAGCGAAAUCGAGUCAUCCUGCGAUGACUCCACAUUGUCUGAAAUCGAGGAAGUUAAUAUAUCUGCAAAAAACGAUUCAGCAGUUGGAAGUCCCACUUCGAAUGUUGAUAGAACAGUAACAACCACAUGCAAGGGGGAUGGAACUGUCACUGAAAUAGAGAACAUACCAAAUAGAGGAAGAGGAAGACCAAAGAGAAUGAGUGCAAUUACUUUGAAGGACGCCAAGAAGAUCGUAAAGGUCGUGUUAGAUAGAUUGGAAAUAGAGUCCUACACUGCCACCACUGGGCAAUUGGUUCAGCAGAUAGAACAGCUGAAUCAAGUUGCGAUUAAGACGAAGAAAAAGGAAUUGGUACUUAAGAAAGGACAAGCAGAAACUCCUACGGUCGAAAUAGAAGAGCCGAAACAGUCAUCAUCUCCAGCAAUGAAGAAAGUGAAGAGGUUGAUCCCUCUUCAGCGAUUGAUCGAAGUCAACAAGAACAGCCCUAGACCGACGCGCGCCGCCAAGCCCAACAGACCGCUCUGCGAGAGCAAUCUCAAAAAAAAGUUGAGGCGAAGCAAAUAAAUGAUUAUAUUUACCAAAAACAACUAGGUAAUAAGCAUGGACAUUUCGGAAAAGCUCUUAGCAUGGACAGUUCGGAAAUCGUAAGACAUACCCAGUGGACUGAAUCAUGCAAAGUUUUGAAUUCAAGUUGUUUCUGGCCACAAAGACUAUAGAUAGGAGGUUAAACUCAUAGAAUGGAGGUGAAGUCAAAAAUGUCGAUGCGCAGUAAAUUAAUUUCAGUUUCUGCACAUGUGGCAUCUGUCUCUGUUGCUAUCAUCAUGAUUGUGACUUAAUUUGAACAUUUCGGACGAGCUGUAAGCAGAAAAAUUGGCUAAUAUUAAUUACCUACGAAGCAAUAAUGCAUAGCGAAACGUGAGUGAAAAAGCACAUAAAGAUUGCGGCGCUCUAGGCCAUGUUCUACACUCACUAGAUUUCCGAGAGCUACACCAUCCUUGGCGACAAGGUUGGCUUCAUAUGAAUACGUGUAUGCCUUCGCAACUUAAUCUCCUAUCUCUAUCUCCGUCUUUGUGGUACUAUCAUAUGUAGAACAGUAAAAACAAUAUUGUGUAUAACUAUCCGAUUUGUUUCUCCCAUAUCUUAAAAGUAAAAUAAAAUAUAUCCAAUAACUCAACCUUUUAGUGGAUGUUGGGGGGCUAUUAAUGAAAAAUGAUAUCACAUAAAUGCACCCUUCUGAAAUCCGUACAAAUUUGGGGCUUCUUGGAUAUAUUCUCUUGGCAGGUUUAGCGUGGAAUAUUUUAAAUAGCUCCCCGAAUAUUGCUCCUCAGAUGCUCUUUAGUUGAAUUAACCUUAUUUUUACAAAUAUCCAGAAGACGUCUGGCAGCGUUAAAUAUUAUGAUCUUGGGGGGCAAUUGACAUCGUCUGCGAGGAAAUCAAGCGCCCUGAAAACAAUCUUCGCAAAGCAUUCACCGUUUGUCUAGUCACGUGAAAGCACAUUUCUAACAGUCAAGUUGACGAGUUUUAGGGGCCUUUAGGAUUUACAUUAUUACGCGGUAAAGCUCGCCAGCGGCAAUAAGAGAGUUGCUUGCAGCGUUUUUGAAAAGUCUGAUUACUAGUGGUGGUAGAUAUUUCGCGAACAUUACUAAAAGAUAACUAUUACCAAAUACCGGGACGUAAGUGCGACUUCGGGAACUAGGCAUUUCACGCCAACGGCGAACAGUAUCACACAAUCACGGCGCUAGUAUUUCAAUGUACGUAAAAUGCGCUAGCCGUUAAAGUUUAAAAUCGUAUAUCACCGUAUGAUUACCACGUGGCACGUGGCUUGCAAGCGAUAUCGUGUCUGUCGGUUUUGGUAGUUCGCUACCACGUGGCACGUGGCUUGCAAGCGAUAUCGUGUCUGUCGGUUUUGGUAGUUCGCGCCAUGCAAUUUUAAUCGCGGUAUUAUGCUCUUAUGCUCGGCAGUAAAUCAGAACAUACGAUUACAUAACUUUAAACUUUCGAACGCAGAUUAAGAUAAAACAUUGGGAUUUCAUUUUAAAGAUAUUGAAGGAAUAAAUCAGUCUGACUUGAUACAUGCCUGGAGAUUGCAACCGGCAGCGGGCCGGUGCUGGUCGAGAUUUUAACUGGCUUCUAGAUGGGAAUUUAAUUUCUCGUGAUUUGGUUGAGAUAUGCCCGUAGAAACCUAUCAUAACUUAAAAUAUUUUAUUAGAAUGCAGUUAAAACGUAGAUAAAGUUUAUGAAAAGAUGGAGACAAAAAUUUAUUAGUGAUACGGGUGUUCUAAUGCAUAGAUCACCACACGGUAUUGUUUUAACAUAUUCGAAUGGAAUGAGGUUAAAAUAAAACUUGGGAUAUCAACAAAUUCCACAGAUGGAGAAAAAAGAUACAUAAAGUCGUUUUAUAUUCUUCUCGCUUCAGGUUUUGUUAAAACACAAUACGCAACAUUGCCCCAUAUAACGAGUUAACAUGUCCCACAGUUUCUGAUGUCCUUUAAAUUUAGAUCUUCAUGUAUAUAGAAACCUAGUCGGUUCCACUUGACUAUAUAUAGAUAUAUAUUGGUUUUUUGACUUUUUCUGCACAGGUGUUUCAUGUAUGUGGUGUAGGUUGUUGCUCAAUUUUUGGUAGAAUUGAUCUUGUGAACGGGAGAUGAUGAUAGUGUAGAAAUUUAGAAAACAUCUUUAAGGAUUUUUUGAUUUUGUUGAUUGGUCACAUUGUAAAAAAAUUACAUAUAAAAAUUACAUAAUUCCACGAAUACUGGUGAACCUUUUAGAUUGUCAUAAAAUGAAAACAAUUCUGUUGUUUUUACUUAGUAGGCGAAACCAAAUCAGAUACAAGGUGGGGCAUAGGAACCAAAUGUUCUUAAAAUAAUAAUAUUGUAAGUUUUUACUUUAAACAAUUUUGUUGGUAGCACAAUAUAGAUAAGAACAAAGCAUUUUAAGGUACUCAUGAAUGGAAAAUGACAUCUGGCACGUGAUGAUCGUUUUCAUUGACGCAUUGCUGAAGUCGUUCUCGAACAUUUAGGCGUAUUCUUCAAUUCACCGAUUGAGCCACUGGUGCCACCAAUUAGCCAAUUUUACUUCCUUUAAUUUCCUUCUGAAUGAUUGGUUAUACACCAAACUUGUCUAUAUAGUUUAUAGACAAGUUCGGUGUACAACCCGUUCCUCCCUUUUCCGAUGGCCGCGUACUAUCCAAUCUAAAAACACUUGGUUCCUCCGCCUCACCCUGUCUAAUUCGAAAAAAAAUAUUACCAGUUUUAUGCUUAGAAAUUUUGUUAGGGUUUAUUAAAUUAAGCAACAACCAAUAGCCAAUAAAAACUUGAAUAUUAUUCCUUGUUUAUAUACAGCUAACACUGUUGUGUUAACUACCUAGGUUAAAGUGUUAAAAGAGUUACAAUGUUUUUAGAACCUGUCCUUGUACUAAAUUAUUACAAUUAUUGCAUGUAUUUGUUUAUAUUUAUUUAUAAUGUUUCAGGAUUAUUUAACAGGUAAUAAUGAAUAGUAAUACAGGUAAAGCUGAGCAGUUUGUGUAUUUUGUGUGUAACUGUUUCCACAGAAAUAAAUAUUUCAUCCUAUAGAUUACA